CGCGUCGGGGGGCCGUGGCCGGCGGCGCGCCGGUGGUCGGAGCAUGGCGGCGGCGAGGUUCAGCGUCGGAGGUAAGGAUGAAGCUUUGUGGUUGCGCACGAAGAGAGGGGGUCCAGAUGCGUCCCCAGCCGGCCGCUCCUACUUGGGCGGGGGAAGGAGCGGUUGCAGGAGGAGAUGUGCCCACCGAGAUAUGGCCGCUGGCGUCGGGAAUGGCCGCUGUGCACGAGGAGUCCUCCCCCCGCCCUUCCUGAAGAGGAGGAAUAUCGGGCCGUCCUAAACUUUUUGGGCGCCAAUCCUACUUUUGGUGGUCACGAUUUCUUGACUGUAGCCCCCCGUCCGACCGUCUGUUUCGUCGUCAGCCCCAGCCAGUGAGUCCUCACGGCAGGUUCGUUCUCCAAGGUGUUCAUCGUGCCAAGCUAGGUAACUAGAUUUUGGCGUGGAAUAAUACUCGCUUUGAGAUAAUGGAUUUGAACAUUGAAGCACCCACUGAUGUGGAUCUUAAUGAUAGGCCAUUUAAAAAAUCAAAGUAUUCUGAAUCGAUUGUUUCCGAAUCAGAUAACCAGAUUGGUUGUUGUGACCCAUUGGACAAAGCAUAUGAUUAUCUCCCAAAAGAUUAUACAAUGAGCGAUUUUGAUUUUUAUGCUCAAAUGGCAAUUGAAACAUCUUUGGAAUCUGAUGUACCGGUGAAGAUAGACGGAAUAUCUGUCAAACAAAAAGAAUUGUUGUGCCUGCUAGAUCAAAGCAAAUACGUGGAAGAUGAUGUAAUCAGCGCAUAUAUAUGUUGUAUAAAGGAUAGGGCUCAUCUACGAAAUAUGAAUGAUAUUAAAUUUUAUUAUGAGAAUCCUUUUGUUACAGGACUGAUAAAAAGAGAUGGACUACUUGGAAUAAAUGAAGGUGGCAACUUUAUUACAGAGAUUGUGAAAAAAUAUCUAAAACAUGAAAUGGAAGACUUGAUUGAUCAUAAUUGGAAAAACCUGCAAGUUACUGAAUGGACGAUCACAGAACAAUUGGAAAAACCAAUCCAGAAAGAUGGCUCAUCUUGUGGUCUAUUUAUGCUCAAGUUUAUGGAAUAUUGGACUGGAGAGACACUAUCUCAUGCUAUUACACAGGUUACUACAGAUUUUGGACGACCCCCGAACUACCGUAAAAACUUGGAUGUGGAAUGGCUAGCAGAGACCGUUCGUAGCUGGCCUGGUAUUUCAUAUAGUGUUUCAAGAUGCAAAACAAUUCUUAUGCCAAUAGAAUUCAAUGGUGGCUUCAUUCUUAUUGUACUCAAUAAAGACACCAGAACACUAUACAUUUUGGAUCCAACUCCUCUUAAUCCCAUUUACCAAUACAACCCAAAUGCAAGAUAUGUGAAGAAACUUUUAUGGACAGCUGAAUACUUACCAAAAGCCAUGUCAAAAACAUGCCCUGGAUCUAUAUGGAACGAGGAUAUUUUCCUAUGGCGUCAAAUAAUCAUACCUGAUGUUACAGUUCAGAACAGGGAACUAUCCGGUUAUCUUGUUUCCCUCUUUAUGUCCACAUGGAAAGAUGUAGAACUACCAUUGCCAGUUUUAAAGGAUGGGUACAAGCUCAGAAAGCGAAUUUUGGGACAACUACUAACAUACAAAGAUAAUGAAUGUAAAUACAAUAUGCCCUCCGGUGUCUUGGACUUCAUAAGUUGUAUCUGCAAUACUCAACAGUGAAAAGAAGGAAGGUGAUGUCAAUAUGAGUGUAUCAAAAUAGUGCAUUGCCCUGGAUUAACUUCUUGUGUUCUUGACUAGCCAAACGAUUGGGUCCUCUUUUUUGCUCCUCCCAACACUUUUGUCAAUAGUUCUUAGAUGAUGUAGCAAAAGGCGUUUUAUUCAGACCAUCUUUUUGUAACUGGAGAGUUUAUCAAGGAACGAGUUAUGUACACACUGAGAUACUGUUAAUUGUUUGAAAAUCCCUGUUGCUCCUA